UCCCGGCCGGCGGCGCGGCCUGGCGGGCCGGGCGGCGCUGCAGCCCAUGGAGCUCGAGAACAUCGUAGCGAACACGGUGCUACUCAAGGCCCGGGAAGGUGGUGGCGGGAAUCGCAAAGGCAAAAGCAAGAAAUGGCGUCAGAUGCUGCAAUUCCCCCAUAUCAGCCAGUGUGAAGAGCUUCGGCUCAGCCUUGAACGUGACUACCACAGCCUGUGUGAGCGUCAGCCCAUUGGGCGCCUGUUAUUUCGUGAGUUCUGCGCCACAAGGCCUGAGCUGACCCGCUGUAUUGCCUUCCUGGAUGGGGUGGCUGAGUAUGAAGUGACCCCUGAUGAGAAACGGAAGGCAUGUGGGCGGCGACUAAUGCAGAAUUUUCUGAGCCACACGGGUCCUGACCUCAUCCCCGAAGUUCCCCGACAGCUGGUGAGUAACUGUGCCCAGCGGCUAGAGCAGGGACCCUGCAAAGACCUCUUCCAAGAGCUGACCCGGCUGACUCACGAGUACCUGAGCAUGGCCCCUUUUGCCGACUACCUCGACAGCAUCUACUUUAACCGUUUUCUGCAGUGGAAGUGGCUGGAAAGGCAGCCAGUGACCAAAAACACCUUUAGGCAGUAUCGAGUUCUGGGCAAAGGUGGCUUUGGGGAGGUAUGUGCCUGCCAGGUGCGGGCAACAGGCAAGAUGUAUGCAUGCAAGAAACUGGAAAAGAAACGAAUCAAGAAGCGGAAAGGGGAGGCCAUGGCGCUCAAUGAGAAGCAGAUCCUGGAAAAAGUGAACAGUAGGUUUGUAGUGAGCUUAGCCUACGCCUAUGAGACAAAGGAUGCGCUGUGCCUGGUGCUGACAUUGAUGAAUGGAGGCGACCUCAAGUUCCACAUCUACCACAUGGGCCAGGCUGGCUUUCCUGAAGCAAGGGCUGUCUUCUAUGCUGCGGAGAUCUGCUGCGGCCUGGAGGACCUGCACCGGGAACGCAUUGUGUACAGGGACCUAAAGCCAGAGAAUAUCCUGCUGGAUGACCAUGGCCACAUCCGCAUCUCUGACCUGGGACUGGCUGUGUAUGUGCCCGAGGGCCAGACCAUCAAAGGCCGUGUGGGCACUGUGGGCUACAUGGCUCCGGAGGUAGUGAAGAAUGAGCGGUAUACCUUCAGCCCUGACUGGUGGGCGCUUGGCUGCCUCCUCUAUGAGAUGAUUGCAGGCCAGUCACCCUUCCAGCAGAGGAAGAAGAAGAUCAAGCGGGAAGAAGUAGAGAGGUUGGUCAAGGAGGUGCCCGAGGAAUACACAGAGCAUUUUUCCCCACAGGCACGCUCGCUCUGUUCUCAGCUUCUCAGCAAGGACCCUGCUGAGCGCCUGGGGUGUCGUGGAGGUGGUGCCCGGGAGGUAAAAGAGCACCCCCUUUUCAAGAAACUGAAUUUCAAGCGGCUGGGAGCUGGGAUGCUGGAACCACCUUUUAAGCCUGAUCCCCAGGCCAUUUACUGCAAGGACGUUCUGGACAUCGAGCAGUUCUCUACAGUUAAAGGGGUGGAUCUGGAACCCACCGACCAAGACUUCUACCAGAAGUUUGCCACGGGUAGCGUGUCCAUCCCCUGGCAGAAUGAGAUGGUGGAGACCGAGUGCUUCCAGGAACUCAAUGUCUUUGGGCUGGAUGGGUCAGUUCCCCCAGACCUGGACUGGAAAGGCCAGCCACCUGCACCCCCCAAGAAGGGAUUGCUGCACAGGCUGUUCAGUCGCCAAGAUUGCUGUGGGAACUGCAGCGACAGUGAGGAAGAGCUCCCCACCCGCCUCUAGCCCCCAGGCAGAGGCCCCUACCAGUGGUUGGCGGUAGCAGCUACUCUCAGUGACGUUUACAGUUUUGCACAGUGGUGUCCCCCAUUGUCCACUCAAGUCGUGGUCUGGGGAACACAGCCGGAACUGUCCCCAGUGUCCUCCGUCCCUGGCCCAGCUGAGUUUGACAAGGCCUGGGUCAUCUUGGGACAAAGGUGCGUCCCUUCAGCUCUUCUCUGUGGAGCUCGGGGCUUUAUGUAUUUAUGUAUUUGUACGAAUGUAUAUAGCUACCAGAGCGAUCUUAAUUCCACCCUGAGCCUGGCACCCCAGGGCAUCUAGCCCUGGCUGGGAGAGCCAGGAGCUGGCAGAGGAGCCAAUGCCAAACUCUAGGCUUCUUGGGCCCAGUCCAGAUGAGCAGAGUAUGGGCCAGGUCAGACCUCUGACCCCAGCAUUGCACUGGUCAUCACCAACCUCCAAGUUAGCCUUGUGCCUGCCUGUCAUGGACUUAAGCCACCACCUUCUGGUUGCCCAGUGCUGUCACUUUUUCUCAGCAUUUGUUAGAGCUGGAAAUGGGGGCUUUGUAUCCUCUAGGCCUGGGCCAUGCUGUAACCACAGACUGAACUGACUGGGACCCAUCAGACCACGAGAUGGGUCACCUGCAUACUAUCCCUUAUUUUGGGUCAUGUCCUGAAGAUACAUUUUUCAGAAGUGCCCCAGCCCAGGCCAUAGGAGGGGUUAGAAUUACCCCUCCAACAUUCCAGAAUCCCUCAUAAAAGUAGACAUGUGCCCAGCAAUAAUCCACCCUUCCCUGUGUGUGCCUGCUGGGGGUAGGGGUUGAGUGUAUACCAGUGUGUGAAGAGGGUGGGGUAAGGCUGUGCCUAAGCCCAGACCCUAGCCCUGGCCCGUCCCAGAUUGUGAUGGCCGUCCUGAUGUUAGUGUUAGGACAACGUGGGACCAUAAAAGGCCCUGGCUUUUGCAUAUUUAAAGCCAAUGUAAGCUGCCACGUGUCUUUGUGUGACCAAUGUGAGCUGCCACGUGUCUCUGUGCGAAUACAGUCUUGAGCACAA